AUGUUCGCUCUCACACCCUGGCGCGGCUCGCCGGGCACACAGCCAAAGACGUUCAGCCAGCAGAAACACUUGCCACGUUUACCUGUUCCAACACUCGAACAGACCUUCGACAAGUACCUCAAGUCGCUCUCACCCUUCCUGCGCCAACUCGAGGAGCAGGGCAAACUUGAGGGCAGCACUGCCGAAAAGGAGCUUGAAAAGCGCAAGCAGUGGGUCCAAGACUUCCUCGCCAAAGGCGGUCUCGGCGCCAAGCUGCAGCAACGACUCAUCGAUGUAGAUCGCACCACCGACGACAACUGGCUCGACGACCGAUGGUGGCUCCAAAAGGCCUACCAUGAGUGGCGCGUACCCCUAAUGAUCAACAGCAAUUGGUGGCUCAUGUUCACCCACGACGAAAACAUGCCCACCGACCUCUGCGAGCACCCCGGGCACGACGCCUACCCCAUCGUCGGCCUCGGCUCACAGAACUGGAACGAUGCCGCUUGGGGUGUCCGCCGUGCCGCCUGGCUCACUUCGCGUUUCUUGCAGUUCAAGAAACGUCUCGAUGACGAGGAUAUCAUGCCUGAUUCUUCCCGUGCCGGUCCGUUUUGCAUGCACCAAUACACUCGUCUGUACGGCAUCACUCGAAUCCCCGCCAUCCCGCACGAUUGGAACACGGCGACACCACACCCUGCCGUAGCACGCCAUAUCACCGUCAUUGCGCGCGACAACUACUACGAGCUUGAGGUGGUGCGCAAGGAUGGCACCCUGCUUGGCGUAGACUCGGUCGAAAAGGCCUUCUGGGAAAUCGUCGCCGAUGCUCAAAAAGGACAAGGUGCUGGUGUCGGUGUGCUCAGCUCCGACAACCGCGACACUUGGACAAAGACCCGCGAGCACUUGCUCAGCGUGUCGCCUGUCAACCGCAAGAGCAUCAACUCGGUCGAGGACAGCAUUUUCUGCGUCUCGCUCGAUUCGAGCGUACUCUCUCUUUCGUCUGACCACCCGGCGCCACCCCACGAAGCGACACCUGUCUGGGUCGAUGCACUGGCCCGCAACUGCAGCGGUGCUGGACGAGCUGGACACAAUCGCUGGUUCGACAAGGCUCUCUCCAUCGUUGUCGAGCCUAGUGGUCGUGCAGGUAUCAUGGGCGAGCACUCGCCAUGCGAUGCGCUCAUCCCUAGUAUCCUCUGCGACUUUGCUGCCGCUGAGCCAUGCCCUCCUCCAGGCUCUGGCUUCCCUGCCGAACUCAGCUCCCCCAACGAAUCGGCUUCUUGGAAGAAGCUCGAGUGGGCAAUCGACGACUCGACCAAGCAGUCGAUCGAACAGUCGGAGCAGGCGGCUUUGCGAGCUGCCAAGGAAUCCGACAUUCGCAUGCUGUGGUACAACGAGUACGGAGCCGACUGGAUCAAAAAGGUGGGCAAGCACAGCCCCGAUGCAUACUUGCAGAUGGCGCUUCAGCUCGCCUAUGCCAAGGCCCACGGGCAGCAGACAUCGACGUACGAGACGGCUUCAACGAGAUUGUUCAAGCACGGGCGUACCGACGUCAUUCGAUCCUUCAGUGACGAAGCGUACGAAUUCGUGCGCGGCGUGCGCGAGGGCAAGGACGCAAAGACGCUCUAUGCGCUGUUGACCGCUGCCACCAAGUCGCACAACACGCAGACGCGCGAGAGCUCGACGGGCAAGGGCAUCGACCGACACAUGACUGGAUUGCGACUGCUGCUGCGGGCCGAAGAUGGCGAAACACCCGCUAUAUUCUCGGACCCGCUCUUUGGCGAGUCCCAGUCGUGGCGCUUGAGCACGAGUGGCUUGAGUGCUGGUGAUCGAUUCGCAGGAACCGGUUUUGGUACGGGCUACCCGACCGAAUCGUACGGAAUCAACUACCUGGCCGGUGCUCAGCUGCUCAAAUUCGGUAUCGAAUCCAAGAACGGUGCUACGACGCACUUUGCAAAGUGCCUGGUCGAGGCCCUUGCUGACAUGCGCCGCAUUUGCGAACAGGGAGGUCCUGCCCCAGAGGCGACACAGGCUCCCAAGCUGUAG